UGCGCAUUAUAUAAUAAAAACUCUAAUAUUACAAAUGUGUGAAUGUCGCUGGAAGAUAAGAUAGCCCCUGGGAUUACGCAAAACUCCCGCCGCACGUCCUCCUUGGCCUUGCCCACUGACCAAAGGUUGGGGCCGCGUUUACCCCAAAAAAAGAUUCAAUCUGUCACGGCGCGACCUUGAGGCCUUUGCAAUGAUUUUCAUACACACACACACACACGAGAGCAGAGCGGAAACAAAGAGAGAAUAGCUAGGGAACUAAGUGAAUAAUAGUCGUCAUGCUGGUUGAAUGCCCCCGCCGUCAAUGCCCGAGGAUGCUCUGAACAGUGCUGAGCCUAGAAGAAAGCGUUACAUCCGCAUCGGCAUCACUCACAUACUUGCCCCGCAUGCAAGCGUAUUACUACGGACGCACAGUGUCCGACAGGUAACACCAUGGCGGAAACGAAUACACGGCUCACUGUGCCGUCCGGUGGCGCCGGCGGCACGACGAGUGGGGUGGACGGAUCUCCCUACAUACGUACAAUCGAAUGGAACAUGAUGAACAAAACCAAGUUCUUUCCGCUCUCCAUGCUCAGCUCGUUCUCGGUGCGCUGCUGUCUGUUCCCGCUGACCGUUAUCAAGACGCAGCUCCAGGUGCAGCACAAGAGCGAUGUCUACAAGGGCAUGGUGGAUUGUGCCAUGAAAAUCUACCGCUCCGAGGGUGUUCCUGGACUGUAUCGAGGCUUCUGGAUAUCGUCGGUGCAAAUUGUGUCGGGCGUCUUCUACAUCAGCACCUACGAAGGCGUGCGACACCUUCUCACCGACCUGGGUGCCGGGCACCGUGUAAAAGCUUUAGCCGGAGGCGGAUGCGCCUCGCUGGUGGGUCAGACCAUCAUAGUUCCUUUCGAUGUUAUAUCACAGCAUGCCAUGGUUCUGGGCAUGUCGGCGCAUGCCGGAGCCAAGGUAGAUAUUAAUCCGUUGGGUAUUAAAUCAUGGCCCGGCCGCAGCCGCCUCCAUAUCUCCAUGGACAUCGGACGGGAGAUAAUGCGUCGCGAUGGUCUGCGCGGCUUCUACAGAGGCUAUGUGGCCAGCCUCAUGGCCUAUGUACCCAAUUCGGCAAUGUGGUGGGCCUUCUAUCAUCUAUAUCAGGACGAACUCUGUCGCAUCUGCCCCGUUUGGGUAUCCCAUUUGUUCAUACAAUGCGUGGCCGGCAGUCUGGGUGGCUUCACAACGACAAUACUAACAAAUCCAUUAGACAUAGUGCGCGCCCGUCUGCAGGUCCAUCGAUUGGACUCGAUGAGCCUUGCCUUCCGAGAGCUGUGGCGGGAGGAGAAAUUGAACUGUUUCUUCAAGGGCCUGUCCGCCCGCCUGGUGCAGUCGGCGGCCUUCUCCUUUAGCAUUAUCCUUGGCUAUGAGACCAUCAAACGCAUAGCCAUAGAUGAGCAGUACAAACACCAGAUACGAUGGUAAUGAAUUGCGCACAAGACCCUCAAACCAAGCCCAAACCCAAAACGGAAACCAACUCAAAAUUGCAUUUACGCGACGUACUGAAAAACCACCAGAGGUGAUUCGCCUACGUUUGUAAAUACCAAUGAAGGAGAAGAGCACAGGUUAACUAGUUAAAUUUGCUAACGAUAGGAUAGCAGAAUGUGGAUACCGUAUACCGGAUAACGGAUACCGUAUACCGGUUAUAUUCACGAUGUACUUUUAGUAGAAUGUUUUAAUUUGCUUGCGGCUAGGAUGUUCAAAUACUGCAAUUUCAUAUUCAAAUACCCCAAAGUGUUGUAGCAUAAAGUGUAAAUUAUGUUGUUAUACUGCUUAGUCAUUUUUUUAUACCUAACGACUAGAGGCAGAUAGAUCGGUGACAAGCCUAAUUUAUUAUAUAGCAAAUAUACAUAGAAAUUGUAAUUGUACUUUGAUGAUGAUGUUGAUAAUAAUACCAUUUACAAUGGUAACCAAAUUACUUAUACUUGUACACUACUUGCGCACAGCAGAGCAAUGUUUGCGCCAAAAUCAUAUUACUAUACUAUAUAUUAUAUUGUACUGUUUAGGUAUUGUAUACUGGACAUGCCGAAAUAAGAAAUUAAUGUCGAAACAGGGCAACACCGGGGUGUGGCAGCACACGUCCCUGGGGAAACAAACACCUACUUAUACAUAGUUAAGCAUUCGUGUGUCUGUGUGUUCUCUGAAUGAAUAGUUUUAGUUUUAGUUUGCAUAUAUUGUAAUAAAGUACAAACCAAGAAUUGUUACAUUUUUGGCACUGUGAA